CACACCUCAGUCUUCUUGCCCCUUCACCUGCACCCAGCUACAAGAGGCUCAUCCCUAGGCUCUGCCUCCAGUCGAAGUAUGAAUGGCCUUGAAGCAGCCUCUCCAGGUCUGAUGGCCAACUCUUCCCUGGGCACUACAGACCAGUGUGUCCAGGAGACGUGGCUGCAGAAUGUCUUCUUUGCCUCUUUCUACCUCCUGAGUUUUCUCCUGGCUUUUGUCGGCAAUGCCCUGGCCCUGUGGCUUUUCAUCCAGGACCGCAGAUCAGGCACCCCUGCCAACGUAUUCCUGAUGCACCUGGCUAUGGCAGACCUGUCCUGUGUGCUGGUCCUGCCCAUGCGCUUUGUCUACCACUUCUCGGGGAACCACUGGCCAUUUGGGGAAAUCCCAUGCCGCCUUACCGGCUUCCUCUUCUACCUCAACAUGUAUGCCAGCAUCUACUUCCUCACCUGCAUCAGUGCUGACCGCUUCCUGGCCAUUGUGCACCCUGUCAAGUCCCUCAAACUCCGUAGGCCUCUCUAUGCACACCUGGCCUGCGCCUUCCUCUGGGUGGUGGUGGCCAUGGCCAUGGCCCCACUGUUGGUGAGCCCACAAACCGUGCAGACCAACCACACAGUCAUCUGCCUGCAGCUUUACCGGGAGAAGGCCUCACACCAUGCGCUCAUGUCCUUAGCUGUGGCUUUCACCUUCCCAUUUGUCACCACUGUUACCUGCUACCUGCUGAUCAUCCGCAGCCUGCAGCAGGGUCCCCGUGUAGAGAAGCGCCUUAGGAACAAGGCAGUCCGCAUGAUUGCCAUGGUGCUGACCAUCUUCCUGGUCUGCUUCGUGCCUUACCACGUCCAUCGCUUUGUCUACGUGCUACACUUCCACAGCAGUGGUGCCUCAUGCACUGCCCAGCAUGCCCUGGCCCUGGGGAACCGGAUCACUUCCUGCCUCACCAGCCUCAAUGGGGUACUUGAUCCCAUCAUAUACUUUUUUGUGGCUGAGAAGUUUCGAAACACCCUGUGCAACCUGCUCAGUGGCAAAAGGCUCUCAGGCCCACCUCCCAGCUUUGAAGGGAAAACCAAUGAGAGCUCCCUGAGCGCCCGGUCAGAGCUGUGAGUUCCAGCCACCACCUGAACCUUCUGCAGACUGUCUCAGGACAACUCCCUUAGGGCUUUGAGGCUUCUCCCAGACUCACAAAGAGUGCCCCUUUCUCUCCAGCCACACUCUGAGAAGAGACUGAAAUCUCAGUGAAUUACUGCCACUCCUUCCAAGGUCAGAAUUCAUUACCCAGCAUCCAGCUCUGUCUGAUCUGAUACACAAAUCCCUAAAGAGGGAGAACUGUCUGAAUCAGCUGCACCCUCUGCAGGCUGUGUUGGCCCAGCUUGCUUAUAGCUAUUAGGUAAUCAGUGACUUUGCCCUGUAGUAAGAGGGGCAAGGAGGCCAGAGGAAUAACUCCUGAGCAAUGAGUGUUUUUAUUUCCUGACUGCUGCUCAGCCUUCCUUUCCACUAGGGAAACAUGCAGCAACAAAAUUCUGAGGAAAGAACCCGGAAGGUGGCUGCAAUUGUCCCAUGAGAAGAGGAGAUGCAGGAAUCCUGUGAGGGGUAGGAGGCAUGUCCAAAUAUUUCCUGUGACGUGCAAGGUGCUUUGAGUUCGCUUUGUGGUGCCUUUGCCAGAUGACCCCUGAGUUUAGGGGUCGCAAAUGAUGAAUUAUAGCUGAACACUGUAAGUACAUUUCAGGCUGGUCACCAGGUGACAUCCAGCAACCAUGGUCCGGGAGGCACAUCACUUCUUGAUCCCUUCUGCUGUAAACCCACAUUGAGACCUGCCAGUGGCCUGACAAUCCCCAGAGCUUCUCAGCAGGUGCUCAGUCCUGGUCACACAUACAGCAUGAGUGGACAACCAGGCUCUGUCACUGCCUGAGAACACCUUGAGCGGGGAACUGGGUCCUGGUAUGUGAAUCUGCCUCCCAGUAACCCACACCGAGAAGGGGUGUCCUUCACCCUACUCCCUCCCAAGAGACCUCUACCAGCCUGGACUGGCCAAGCUGUGAGCUAUUUCAUUUCACAAUAUGGUAUGUAUUGCCUUAACAAGUCCUUUUUUGUAUGUACUUGAUUAUAGUGAUCAUAAACAUAACUGUAGCCCUGGCUAGUGUGGCUCAGUGGAUUGAGCAUGGGGCUGUGAACC